AUGGCAACUGAAAGAGGAAUAAUAAAGAUUGUCAAAGAGAUACUUAAAUGUUAUCCCCAAUUAGUUGAGUCUGAGAAUGAUCUAAAGCAAAACAUAUUGCACGUGGCCAUUAAGCACCGUCAAAAGAAGAUAUUUGAUCAUGUCAAAAGGAUGAAGAUACAAAUGACAAGGUUAGUCCAAGGGAUUGACAAAAAUGGCUACACCAUUUUACACCAUGCUGCAAACAUUAGGGAUGACACUACAAAAACUCACCCUGCAGGACCUGUAUACCAACUGCAAGAAGAGUUGAAGUGGUACAAAUGUGUAGAGAAGGUGACGCGGCCCCACUACCUCAUGUUGCCUGAUUCUAAGGAUAACAAGACUUGCGAUGAACUCUUCAAUAUGAAGCACAAUAAACUACUCAAUGAAGCACAGAGAAAGGUAAAGGAGACUUCUCAGUCUUGCUUUGCAGUGGCUGUUCUCGCCGCCACCGUGGUGUUCACAGUUGUCUAUAAUGUACCUAGAGGUUCCAAUGAUAAUGAUUAUCCAGUUCUCCUCAGCGACAAUUUAUUCCAGUUAUUCGAAUUGAUGGUCAUUGUUGCUUUUCUCUGCUCCUUGGCCUCGGUGGUAAUGUUCUUAUCAGUCUUCACUUCACCUAUUGGUUAUGAAGAAUUCCUUCACAUGCUCCCUGGAAAACUGACAAUAGGUUUCUCCUUACUCUUCAUUUCAUUUUGUACUACAACGAUUGCAUUCGCGGCAGCAUUCUUACUCACCUUACGUUUCCAAAAGCCACAUUGGACCUACAUUUUCAUGUACACUGCUGCAUUUAUUUCGUUAAGCAUAUAUGCACUCCCGCAAGUCCCUAUGUAUUUUACAUUUAAGGCAACUGUGCUCAAGUUUUGCAAGUGGAUUAAGAAGGUUCAUCGUAGUAAAUGGUUUAAGAAGCCGCUGGCGACCAAAUUUCAAUGUCAUAAGAAGAAUGAUGAUGAUAGGCGUAGACUUCCAGUAUGA